CUUGUGCAAUACUUUUUUUAAUAUAUAUAUUAUUCGCUGUUGUCCAAUGGAAACCCUAGUGGGCGUGAAGGAGUCGUCCUGGCGCGGUGGAACGUCCUGACAGUUGACUUCUACCGGAGAAUGGCGGCUACCGCCUGCACUACGUUCACUAACACUACCAACCCGCAUAAACAACACCGGAGGAAAAGUAGAGAUUCUCGGAGGAGACAAGCAGCUCUUUUAUUCCUUAGUAACAUUUCUCUAGACGGACAGCCCGUUCAACCGUUAGACCAUGGAAACCGAGACCCCCAUCAUCGACACGGCGAGUUCCCGGGAGAUGAUAUCGGAACGACAGUGGCCGGGAUGUCAACGGCAUCUAGUAGUAGCUAUGGGAACUUCGGUAACCUGCCGACGUCUGUGAGCUGUGGGGCAGUUGGGAACGUUAGCCCCGUACCGAGACUCGGGGUGAUCACUGUCCCUCCCAUCCUCGUUCUGCCUUCGGACUCGUUCAAUGAUGGGACCACGGAGUUAUUUCUGGAGAGGCGAGGAGGGUCGUUUUCAUCGCAGGGAAACCUCCUCUCUCCGUCGGGUCUCCAUCCUACUCCCCUCCGACCGCGGAAGUCGUCCACAGUGCUCUCGGUCCAGAGUUCUAGUUCAGCGAUUUCUGAAUCUGGACGGUGUCGGACUCGUAACCUGUCGGGCUCUCCCAGACCUCGCCCUGUGAAGAAGGUCCACUUCAUCAAGAACAUGAGACAGUACGACACGCGGGGCAGCAGGAUCGUGUUGAUCUGUGCCAAGCGUUCUCUGUUUGCGGUGUUCUCAGUGUUGCCCUAUGGAGAGAGCGUUCACCUCAGUGACCCCAAAUUGGACAGACGUAGACAUUCAUCCGGGAACAUCUCUACCACUCUGGAGAUGCUGCCAGGCCUGGAGGGGUUUGAACAGGAACCCUACGGCAAGACGGUAUCGUACGCCCAGUUCCUCUACCCGACCAAUGCUCUGGUCCGCCAGAAGACUGCCUCGGUGGACAUCACCCUGCAGGUGCCCCUCACCCUGCAGGUGCCCCUCACCCAGGUGACCCGGAACAGCAUCCCCCGAAACUACACCCCGACUAGGCUGAACUCCAACGUGGGACUGGAUUUAGGUGUAGAUGACUUUGGAGACUAUGACCCCAACCUUCUGAGUGACCCCCAGUGGCCCUGUGGGAAACACAAGAGAGUGCUGAUCUUCGCCUCAUACAUGACGACAGUGAUAGAGUACGUGAAGCCGUCUGAUCUGAAGAAGGACAUGAACGAGACAUUUAAAGAGAAGUUUCCUCAAGUCAAGCUGACACUCAGCAAGAUCAGGAGUCUGAAAAGGGAGAUACGUACGGUGGGUGACGACUGCGGACUGCAGCCGGUCACCGUGGCGAUGGCGUUUGUUUACUUUGAGAAGCUGGUCCUCCAGGGACGACUCAACAAACGCAACAGGAAGUUGGUGUCUGCCGCCUGCGUGCUCCUCGCUGCUAAGAUCAGCAGCGACCUCAAGAAGCAGGACGUCACGCAGCUCAUAGAUAAACUGGAGGAGCGUUUCCGUAUCAGUCGGCGAGAGUUGAUCCCGUUUGAGUUCACCAUCCUUGUUGCCCUGGAGAUGGCUCUGUACCUGCCUGAGAGCACCAUCAUGCCACACUACCGACGCCUGGUGCAGCAGAACUAGGACCACGCCCCUGCCACGCCCACUGGGACAGGAGCCCCACCUACUAGGACUAAAGAUUGGACAUCAAUCAAUCAAUCAAAUUUAUUUAUAAAGCCCUUCUUACAUCAGCCGAUGUCACAAAGUGCUGUACAGAAACCCAGCCUAAAACCCCAAACAGCAAGCAAUGCAGAUGUAGAAGCACGGGGGGUGAAGGAGAGACAUGAGGGGGGGGUGACGAAGAGACAAAUUAAGGAGUUUAAAGGGAGCAGAGAUGGAAAGAAAGAAGAUGAGAGAGAAAUUAAGAGAGAGAGGAUGUAGGUAAAGGAUUAGUUAUGUCCCGUGACACCCAUGAAACCCUUAGCACUGACCACACACUCAUAAUCAGUAACAAUACUGGUAUUGACCCUCACGAGAAGCAGAAACGACACCUAUGAUGUCAUCAAACCACAGCACAUCUGCAUUUCUACACGUUCUAAACCUGAACCUGUCCAUGCUGCCAUAUUCCCUAGGGGGCGGUCAAGUUCAGCAGUAGCAGUGGGAUCAAAUGUGAGGUGACUUUACCACAGGAAUACCAGUUACUAGUUAGCAACAUGAGUCGUGACUUUACCACAGGGAUACCAGUUACUAGUUAGCAACAUGAGUCGUGACUUUACCACAGGGAUACCAGUUACUAGUUAGCAACAUGAGUCGUGACUUUACCACAAGGAUACCAGUUACUAGUUAGCAAAACAUGAGUUGUGACUUUACCACAGGGAUACCAGUUACUAGUUAGCAACAUGAGUCGUGACUUUACCACAAGGAUACCAGUUACUAGUUAGCAACAUGAGUCGUGACUUUAACACAAGGAUACCAGUUACUAGUUAGCAACAUGAGUCGUGACUUUACCGGUAACCAGUUACUAGUUAGCAACAUGAGUCGUGACUUUACCACAGGGAUAUCAGUUACUAGUUAGCAACAUGAGUCGUGACUUUACCACAAGGAUACCAGUUACUAGUUAGCAACAUGAGUCGUGACUUUACCGGUAACCAGUUACUAGUUAGCAACAUGAGUCGUGACUUUACCACAGGGAUAUCAGUUACUAGUUAGCAACAUGAGUCGUGACUUUACCACAAGGAUACCAGUUACUAGUUAGCAACAUGAGUCGUGACUUUACCGGUAACCAGUUACUAGUUAGCAACAUGAGUCGUGACUUUACCACAGGGAUAUCAGUUACUAGUUAGCAACAUGAGUCGUGACUUUACCACAAGGAUACCAGUUACUAGUUAGCAACAUGAGUCGUGACUUUACCGGUAACCAGUUACUAGUUAGCAACAUGAGUCGUGACUUUACCACAGGGAUAUCAGUUACUAGUUAGCAACAUGAGUCGUGACUUUACCACAAGGAUACCAGUUACUAGUUAGCAACAUGAGUCGUGACUUUACCGGUAACCAGUUACUAGUUAGCAACAUGAGUCGUGACUUUACCACAGGGAUAUCAGUUACUAGUUAGCAACAUGAGUCGUGACUUUACCACAAGGAUACCAGUUACUAGUUAGCAACAUGAGUCGUGACUUUACCGGUAACCAGUUACUAGUUAGCAACAUGAGUCGUGACUUUACCACAGGGAUAUCAGUUACUAGUUAGCAACAUGAGUCGUGACUUUACCACAAGGAUACCAGUUACUAGUUAGCAACAUGAGUCGUGACUUUACCGGUAACCAGUUACUAGUUAGCAACAUGAGUCGUGACUUUACCACAGGGAUAUCAGUUACUAGUUAGCAACAUGAGUCGUGACUUUACCACAAGGAUACCAGUUACUAGUUAGCAACAUGAGUCGUGACUUUACCGGUAACCAGUUACUAGUUAGCAACAUGAGUCGUGACUUUACCACAGGGAUAUCAGUUACUAGUUAGCAACAUGAGUCGUGACUUUACCACAAGGAUACCAGUUACUAGUUAGCAACAUGAGUCGUGACUUUACCACAAGGAUACCAGUUACUAGUUAGCAACAUGAGUCGUGACUUUACCACAAGGAUACCAGUUACUAGUUAGCAACAUGAGUCGUGACUUUAACACAAGGAUACCAGUUACUAGUUAGCAACAUGAGUCGUGACUUUACCACAGGGAUACCAGUUACUAGUUAGCAACAUGAGUCGUGACUUUACCAGUAACCAGUUACUAGUUAGCAACAUGAGUCGUGACUUUACCACAGGGAUAUCAGUUACUAGUUAGCAACAUGAGUCGUGACUUUACCACAAGGAUACCAGUUACUAGUUAGCAACAUGAGUCGUGACUUUACCGGUAACCAGUUACUAGUUAGCAACAUGAGUCGUGACUUUACCACAGGGAUAUCAGUUACUAGUUAGCAACAUGAGUCGUGACUUUACCACAAGGAUACCAGUUACUAGUUAGCAACAUGAGUCGUGACUUUACCGGUAACCAGUUACUAGUUAGCAACAUGAGUCGUGACUUUACCACAGGGAUAUCAGUUACUAGUUAGCAACAUGAGUCGUGACUUUACCACAGGGAUACCAGUUACUAGUUAGCAACAUGAGUCGUGACUUUACCACAAGGAUACCAGUUACUAGUUAGCAACAUGAGUCGUGACUUUACCACAGGGAUAUCAGUUACUAGUUAGCAACAUGAGUCGUGACUUACCACAAGGAUACCAGUUACUAGUUAGCAACAUGAGUCGUGACUUUACCGGUAACCAGUUACUAGUUAGCAACAUGAGUCGUGACUUUACCACAAGGAUACCAGUUACUAGUUAGCAACAUGAGUCGUGACUUUACCGGUAACCAGUUACUAGUUAGCAGUAAUAAUUAUCUCUUUCUCUCCUGCCAAUGUGUUAAAGGGAAAACAAAUAACAUCACACAAACAUUUAACCAUAAAUACAUUUAAUAUAUUUAUCCUUUCUGAGAUGUAUAUUUAUUAUAUUUAUCAACGCAGCAUAAGGGAUAUUUUAUAUUAUAACCCUUGUAGCUUAACUCACAUAGGUCUUAUUAUCCACCUUAGCCCUGUUUAUACUUGGUUCUAACACUGCGUCUGUUGUCCUGAUCUUGUCCACAUUCUGAUUGUGACUAGCUCUUCCUGACCACUUCCAGAGGUAGUCAAAGAUGCAUCUAGUCCGGAUACGGCCUUCAAGUGUCAACGUAUCCUGACGACGAAAGCGUAUACAUUCGGUCCUCUCAAAUAAGUCACACCGGCCAGUUGAGGUAGUAAUGCCGCAUUCAAAACAACUGGGAACUCGGAAUUCGGGAACUUGGAUAUCUCCGGCUUCCGACGUCAGUGCGUUCAAGACAACUUGGAGCUUCAACUGGGGAAAAAAUUGUUUCGAACGGUCAUCCAACUCGGAAUUCCAAGUUGGAAACUCGACCAUCUUUCUAGAGCUCUGACUUUCCGACCUGAAGAUCACUGACGUCAUUAUUUGACCUUGUUUUUUUUUCCAGUUCCCAGUUGUCUUGAAAGCACCACAAUUAUGGACAACGAUACUGCUACAAUUCAUGCAGAAAUAAGGUCUUGGUCUUCAUUAAAAACCGGACAAACCCAGAUCUGGAUGGGAACAGAAGAACCCAGUGUCCAGUUGAUUCAGAUCUGGAUGGGAACGGAAGAACCCAGUGUCCAGUUGAUUCAGAUCUGGAUGGGAACGGAAGAACCCGGUGUCCAGUUGAUUCAGAUCUUGAUGGGAACGGAAGAACCCAGUCUCCAGUUGAUUCAGAUCUGGAUGGGAACGGAAGAACCCAGUGUCCAGUUGAUUCAGAUCUGGAUGGGAACGGAAGAACCCGGUGUCCAGUUGAUUCAGAUCUGGAUGGGAACGGAAGAACCCAGUGUCCAGUUGAUUCAGAUCUGGAUGGGAACGGAAGAACCCGGUGUCCAGUUGAUUCAGAUCUGGAUGGGAAUGGAAGAACCCGGUGUCCAGUUGAUUCAGAUCUGGAUGCGGUAUUGGGUGACCAUCCCACACCUGCCCACCGUUCAUUCUGGACAGUGCUGAGGUAAUAUCAAGGGAAAGCUGCUGUGAAUAGUUUAUAAAAAAGUGGGUUGUCUAUGUAAGAGUUAGGCCUCCACAUUAUACCUUGAUCUUAAGGUACAGUGGAACAUUAUACCUCUACAUUAUACCUUGAUCUAAAGGUACAGGGGAACAUUAUACCUCUACAUUAUACCUUGAUCUUAAGGUACAGGGGAACAUUAGAUCUCUACAGUAUACCUUGAUCUUAAGGUACAGGGGAACAUUAGAUCUCUACAUUAUACCUUGAUCUUAAGGUACAGGGGAACAUUAGAUCUCUACAUUAUACCUUGAUCUUAAGGUACAGGG